AUGAACUACCCUCCUACCCAAGCCACUGCACUGCAGCAAGGCAGACAAGACCAAGUUGAUCGCGGACCUAGCAUAACCGGGCAGGUCUCGUCUCUGGGAACUCCUCCAAAGCUGCCUGCUGGCUCCACCCCGCCAUACCGGCAGUCAGACCAUACAAGCAACGUCGUGGGACCCCAGCAACACCAACCACUGGGUACAAGGGGCCAGCCGCAAGCGAUGAUUCCAGUCCGGCGUCAGACUCAGCAUCAUCUUCUGCGGUCACAGAAGCAGCAACAUUCCCUGCAGUAUCAAAACCGGGUGGCACAACUCAAGGCCGAACUGGAACAACAGGAACGGCUCUCUCAGAGUGAAUCGAAGCAGGAGGUAUUGAACGAGGUCCAAAUGAUGCUGCAACAAUUCCAGCAGCAGAUCGAACAGAAGGCCCUCCACCAAGUUCAACAGCAGAUUAAUCUAUGGGCUCAGAUAGCCCAGGUGACACAAAUUCAGUCACAGGGGGCCCUGAUUGAAUCACUGACCACGUCGCUCGACUCGGCUCAGCGUCGAAUUCGAGAGCUGGAAGGGGAGGCAACGCAAGAGGAAAAGUAG